ACUUAAGAAGUCUUUUGGGAUUUCUGGAAUUCUGCCAUCUUCUGUGGAUCUGCUUGACAUCGUUGGUGCAUAGGCGUGUCUAAGUCUGUAUGGUAUUGGUUUCAAAUCCAGGUACGCGUGUAUGUGUUUGGACAAGACUAGAAAUUGGGACUUUCCGAAAGAGUGUCAAGACCACCUGCAACAUCCUCAGCCAUAGACGGUUUUAGAUUCGUGUGCUUGCUUGAGGUGAGGUGUUCCGAAGCGACCACGAACCAUGCUGAAUUAUGGAAGUAGACUGAUGUCCAAGGCGGGCAAGAAGCAAGUCGAAGACUGUAAGGAGAGGACGGGAGGAACUGAACUUGAGCUUGUGGAUAAAGGAAUCACCAAUCUUCUAGAUGUACCGGGACUUUUACAACUUUCCAACCUGGUGAGAUUGACAGCCAGCCACAACAAGCUUCAUGCGGUACACCCCAGUAUUGCACAACUGCAGAACCUGGAGAUCCUCAACCUGUUUAACAACCAGAUCGAGGAACUACCGACUACACUGUCUAACAUGCCCAAACUGAAGCAUCUGAACCUGGGAAUGAACAGGUUAAGCUCCUUGCCUCGGGGGUUUGGUUCCUUCCCAAGUCUUGAGAUUCUGGACCUGACUUACAACAACCUGACGGAGAAGAGUCUGCCGGGAAACUUCUUCUACUUGGAAUCCUUGAGAGCUCUGUACUUGGGAGACAAUGACAUGGAAACUCUCCCUCCCCAAGUUGGCCAACUCAUGAAGCUACAGAUCCUGGUACUGAGAGACAACGACCUGAUCGCCCUGCCCAUGGAGGUUGGCAACCUGGAGAGGCUGAAGGAGCUCCACAUCCAGGGCAACAGGCUGACUGUACUUCCACCGGAAAUUGGUAAGCUUGACCUGUCUGGCCCUAAGAUGGUGUUUAAGGGAGAUAACAACCCGUGGGUGGCGCCCAUCGCUGACCAGCUGCAGGUGGGCGUGUCUCACCUGCUGGAGUACCUGAGGUCCGACACCUACAAGUACCUGUACGGACGUCACAUCCAGGCCGGUGCCCAGCCACCUCCCAAGACCACCGACAAGUCCAAGAAAAUCAGUAGAAAGGCCAAGGGGAAGUAAAGCAUCCUUGGUUGUUUUGAAGACCAAACCUGCCAAUUGAACAACAAUAAUAUACCAUUUGGCUCGCCCCUGAGGCGUCACCAAAAAAACUCCUGGAAACUAUGUAACACCAUAUUUUGAAAAAAUGGGUUUCAUUUCUAUUGGGUGUUUUGUUUGGGAAAGAACCAUAAUUAGUUUUUUUAACUUUUUUAUGUAUUUUGUAACCAGAAUGUCUUACAACAUAGACACAGUUUCAAGGGAAAUGUGAAAUGAAAUUUCUGGUGUGUAAAAGUUUCCAAGAGGACUCUGAGGCAAUGAAACUUUCAUGGAGAAAAUUCUCUCCAAAACUUCUGUCUACAAACAUUGUGGAAUCAUUGAAAUGAGGAGAAUUCUCUUUGUACAAC